AUGGAUUUUUCCCAAGUGUACUUGGACACCUUUGAGCUCGAAGAUAUGGAUCCCGAAUCGCUUGCCCGGCUCGGUUUGCCAUCCACGUUCAAUCUGCUCACCGAUCCGUUUCCGUUCGAGUCCAGUGAGGCCCCAGCCGAAGGCAGCCACGAGCUCGCCCCAUUCCUGCCGUCUACCAAGCUGACGAUCCUCGAGGCGUGCCGGCUUGCCGAGCUUGGUCCCGACGAUGCCAUCCUCGACAUCGGUUGCGGUGAUGGCCGCAUCUGUGCGGCCGCCAUCCAGAAACACCGGGUCCGACUUGCCGUUGGCCUGGACUAUGAUCAGGAGCUGAUCACCUAUGCCGAGUCAUGCGCUCGGCAGUGCGGGAUCGCUGUUUUGCCUGAGCUCGAAUCGAAGCCCUCCUCGACACAGGCCGUCCGAUUCGAGUGCCGAGAUCUCGACUCGCCAGCGGCAAUUGCCUAUCUCCAGCAGCUUGUGCGAGACCACGGAAUCACAGCCGUCUUUUUAUUCCUGUGCUCCGAGAUGGAGGCCAAGCCGCACUGGCGGCUCUUCCUGAGGCAGUUCUGUCUUGAGGAAAUGGGAUGCCGGAUUGUCGCCAUGGUGAUUGACAAGAACGACUCGCUCGGGACGCAGCCUGUGCGCACGGGGAAUGGGAUAUGGGUUUACGAGCAACGUCGCUGA